AUGGCGUCCACACGAGCAACUGGGCUUCUCAACUCCCAGCUCCGGAGCUCUUCCCGCAUCACGUCCCUCGGACGCAGCGUCUCUGCUAUUGCAACGACCAGACUCACAACGCGCUUGUCCGCUCCGGCGACAAGGAUAACCACAAGAAUGGCGACCUUUGCUGCCUUCAAGAUUCCCAAGAUUACAAACGAGCCCAAUCACCAUUAUGCCAAGGGCUCCGCUCAGCGUCAAGGCUUGGAUGCCGCGGUCAAGACCCUUCAGAGCAAACUGCCUUUGGAGGUGCCAAUUGUAGUUGGCGGUCACGAGAUCUUGACGGGCAACACGGGAAAGCAGGUCAACCCCGCCGACCACAACACCACCGUAGCGACGUACCACCAGGCCUCGCCCUCCGAUGUCACCAAGGCUAUCAAGUCCGCCCUCGCAGCCAAGCCCGCUUGGGAGUCCCUGCCCUUCGCCGACCGCGCUGCCAUCUUCCUCAAGGCCGCUGACCUGAUCUCCACCAAAUACCGUUACGACAUCAUGGCCGCCACCAUGAUCGGCCAGGGCAAGAAUGCGUGGCAAGCCGAGAUCGACGCCGCGGCCGAGCUGGCCGACUUUUUGCGUUUCAACGUGCAGUACGCCGAGGAGCUGUACGCCCAGCAGCCGCAGCACAACAGCCCGGGCGUGUGGAACCGCGUCGAGUAUAGGGCCCUCGAGGGCUUCGUGUACGCUGUCAGCCCCUUCAACUUCACUGCCAUUGCCGGUAACCUCCCCGGCGCGCCCGCGCUUCUCGGCAACGUCGUCGUCUGGAAGCCCAGCGACUUCGCCAUCGCUUCCAACUGGCUGGUCUACAACAUCCUGCUCGAGGCCGGCCUGCCCCGCGACGUCAUCCAAUUUGUCCCCGGCAACCCCGAGGAGAUUACCAAUCAAGUGCUGAAGCACAAGAGCUUCGCCUCUCUCCACUACACCGGUAGCACCGCCAUCUUCCGCAAGCUGUAUGGUGCCAUUGGACAAGGUGUUGCGGAGGGCCGCUACACCUCGUACCCGAGGAUUGUCGGCGAGACGGGUGGUAAGAACUUCCACCUGAUCCACCCCAGCGCCGACGUCGAUAACGCCGUCAAGCAGACCAUCCGCGGCGCGUUUGAGUUCCAGGGCCAAAAGUGCAGCGCGACGUCGCGUGCCUACGUACCGGCGUCCCUCUGGCCCCAAUUCAAGGAAGGUCUCGUCGCUGAGGUCAACAAAAUCAAGAUUGGAGACCCGACCGACCACGGCAACUUCAUGGGCCCCGUGAUCCACGAAGCCUCCUUCAAGAAGCUCGCGGGCGUCAUCGACGCGGCCAAAACGGACAAAUCCCUAACGCUCGUCGCGGGCGGCACGUACGACUCUUCAAAGGGCUACUUUGUCCACCCGACAAUCUACCACACCACCAAGGCGGACCACAAGCUCCUGAGUACCGAGCUUUUCGGCCCCGUUCUCGUUGUACACACGUACGACGACGUGAGCGGCAGCGGCAGCAACAACGCGUCGGCGGGAGCCUUUUCCGACGUCUGCCAGCUCAUUGACAGCACGGGCGAGUACGGCCUCACGGGCGCCGUCUUUGCGCAGGACCGGGCUGCGGUGGUGGUGGCCGAGGAGAAGCUGCGCAACGCGGCGGGUAACUUUUACAUCAACUGCAAGAGCACGGGCGCCGUGGUGGGCCAGCAGCCGUUUGGCGGCGGCAGGGCGAGCGGGACGAACGACAAGGCGGGCAGCCAGAAUUUGCUUAGUCGGUUUGUGAGCUUGAGGAGCAUCAAGGAAGAAUUUGCGGCAACGACAAAGGUUGAGUAUCCUAGUAACGAGGUCUAG